AUGAAGCCCGAGAGCCACAUCUGCCGACCGGACCUCAAUUCCCACCCCAAAAAUCGAGAGUCCAGGGAGCGCCACAAUCACGACCAACACACCGGCCACCGUCAGGAGCGCCGGCGCCAGACCCCACUCCUCACCGACAACCGACAACCGACACCGCCAACCCAGCCCGUCGGCCGAAGCACCACCAAACAGAGAAGGGAUAAUGGGAAAUCAAACAUACCUGGAAGAGUAGGGUCUGGCCAGGACCGCCCUAGAGAGGGAUGGAGCCGCGGUGGUCAGCCCCGUCAGAAGGGAGGCGCACCACACACGCGUUGA